AUGAUGAAGUUACCGGGAUUCCCUGAGAAGUUUGUAAGGUGGAUAAUGAAAUGCAUAAGUACUCUGAAUUAUACAGUAAUUAUCAAUGGGCAACCAGCAAAACCAUUUGAUGCAAGGAAGGGGCUUAGACAGGGUGACACACUGUCUCCUGUGUUGUUUGUGAUGGCAAUGGAGAUUAAUUGCAAACCCGAACAAGAGCUGCAUAUACUUUGGAGGAGUAGAUCUUGUGACUCAAAGGAAGAUUAUGGAUAUGCUGGGAUACAACAAGGGAGAGCUACCCUUCAGAUACUUGGGGGUACGUUUGGGCACAAAGAAGAUAUCAAUUAUCCAAUGGAGAGUUGUGCUUAUAAGAGUGUUUUAACUGCAAUUCAAAAUUUCUGGGCUCAGAUCUUUAUUUUGCCAAAGAAGAUUAUUCAGUUCAUUGAUACAAUAUGUAGAAGGUUCCUAUGGUCAGGGAAUGUAGAGCUUACUAGGAAGGCACUGAUUGCUUGGGAAAAACUAUGCUGCCCAAGAGUAGUAGGUGGCUUGAAUUUUACUAAUGUGGAACUAUGGAACAAAGCUGCUAUUUGCAAGUUACUAUGGAACAUAUGCAAGCAGAAGGAGAAGUUAUGGAUACAACGGGUUAAUGCUUACUAUAUAAAAUGGAAUACAGUAUGGAGUACAACACCUAAGAAUGCAUCUUGGGUUAUUCAACAGAUUUUCAAGGCAAAGAAUUACUUUGAAAAUGCUGGUUACACUGAAGAAGAGGUGCAGAGGAUGGACAAUUUCUCAAUCAAACAAAUGAACAAUAUGGCAGCAACUGCUGCACUGGCAAGGAAUACAGAGGAAGAAGCUGAAAUGGCAAGAAGAACUGCAUGGACAGAAAAAGUAGCAAAAGGAAGAAGUGGAGGAGCGGUUUUAUGUAGAAUGACUUUAGCUGCUGCAGUUUACUAUAUAUGA